GUUACGUGACUUGACGCCUUUUCGCCGAGUGCAGAUGACGGUGGCAGGCAGUGGUUUUGUAGCUGAGUCGGGUUUAUAACCGGAGUCGUACUUUAUGCUUGCAUACUUCCACUAGCAUUCCAAGGAGCAAAGUAGAUUUAAUUGAAAAUGAGAGUCUGGAAAAUAUAUUGGCCGUUAACGAGGAAAUAUUGAUCAAUGACGUGAACUGUCAAACGUAUCCGGGGUUGUUUUGAUCAAGGCCUGUUGCUGGCUACGGGGAAUGCUCCAAUUUGUCUGGUAGAUGUCGAGACUGGGUGAUCUGUGGACGGGAUUGCUGGUCCAGUUUACAUUGCGAGAGGUUUGUCUUCUAUCAAAAGAUAAUCCAGACGUGUUUUGUGUUUCUCCAUGGCGGGCACACACCACCAGCUCACGGCUUCUUCGGUUAGCCAGCCAGCUAACAUUAGCGUGCCCGUGUUGACAAGCUAACUGGCAAGAUAUCUCAAGAAUUUGGGACUUUGGAGCACUUUGUCUCCUAACAUUGAAACAAUUUGUUCUUGCUGCAUACUCCGUAGUUCCCCCUCGAGAGAUUGUAAGCAAAUGACAAGAUCUCUUAGCUAAAACGUUAACAGCCCUUUGCAUCGCGCGUGUGAUUUUCCUCUCGUCCAAGAUUUGAAGUGUAGUUUAAGCGUAGAUUUUCAGUUAAACGUAAUGAAAUCUUCUCCUGCCUACUCUACUACUAAGGUAGCUUCCAGAGAAAUGGGGCUUGUGGAUUCAAGUGUCACUUCUCUGGCUUGCUGUUAACCUCAAAACGACGCCGCUUGGUCUGUGAGCUGUUUGUGCUCUGAAGGGAUCCUUCUCACCAUGAAUCGUUAUCUGCCUGUGGCAAGGCAGCACUUUCUGGCUGCACUAGCAAGCACUAGUGUGGUUGUGAAAGCCAUCAGUGCUCUGGUGAUUCUCCUCUACCUGCUCUCCUGGGCCGUGGACACAUCAUAUGCACUGGGGGUUACCCCCGGUUAUCUGUUCCCUCCUAACUUCUGGGUGUGGACUCUGGUCACCCACGGAAUCAUCGAGCAGCACGUGUGGGGGGUGGUGGCCAAUGUUGGGACUGUGAUGUCCUGUGGGCGCCUGCUGGAGCCUUUGUGGGGUGCCCUGGAACUGCUGAUCUUCUUUGCAGUGGUAAAUGUAUCUGCAGGCCUUCUAGCAGGCCUCUCCUACUUCCUCACCUAUGUGGCCACCUUCAACCUGGACUUCCUAUUUGCUGUCCGCGUCCAUGGAGUGGCUGGCUUCCUGGGAGGUGUCCUGGUGGCACUGAAGCAGACCAUGGGGGACACAACAGUACUCCGAGUUCCACAGGUAAGGCUCAAAGCAGCCCCAGCUUUGAGUCUCUUCCUCCUGGCCUUGCUGCGCCUCUCAGGCCUGCUGGAGAGCUCCGCCCCCCUGGCCUCAUACAGUUAUGGCGCCCUGUCUGGCUGGGUGUACCUACGCUUCUACCAGAGGCACAGCAGGGGCCGCGGCGACAUGUCGGAUCACUUUGCCUUUGCGAGUUUCUUCCCUGAGGCGCUGCAGCCGGCAGUGGGCCUACUGGCAGGAUUGGUUCACGCCACCCUGGUGAAGGUGAAGGUGUGCAGGAAGAUGGUGAAGAGGUACGACGUGGGCGCGCCGUCGUCCAUCACCAUCAGCCUGCCGGGGACAGACCCGCAGGAUGCUGAGAGGAGGAGACAACUUGCUCUCAAGGCUCUGAACGAGCGUCUAAAGCGUGUGGAGGACCAGUCAGCUUGGCCUAGCAUGGAUGACGAGGAAGAUGAGGACGUGGACGAGAUCCGGACCGAUACGCAGCCCCUCCUCCCUCGUGACCCUCCAUCCUCAGUGCCCCGGCCAGCAGCGGGGGGCGCUGUCGGCAUGACCCUCUCCUCCACUUCCUCAGCCUCGAUGUCGCACAGUGGUGCUGCACAAGCCAACCCAGAGUCAAGCAUCAUCAGUUUUGAGGACGCACCUUCUAGAUCGUAAUAGACACGAUGGGCAUGUCACUGGCAGGCCUAACUUCAAUGAUAGAAGGCGGUGGACCUGUUUAUACGCUGUUAAUUUCACCGUCGACUCCAAACGUGGAUUUAGCGUGUCUUGUCACUUGACACGUAUUGGAUUUGCUCAGUGUGGUCAGGCAGGCAAGCCUACACUUCCUCCUUGCAUACAGGCGCAAGUUAAGCAGCCAUUCUCGUGUGCUGGAUUAAUCCCAACUGAGCUGAGCAAUGUGCACCGCUCUGUGAGGUUUCUUUUUGUUUGUUUUUGCUUUUUAAAUAAAUGGCAACUUGGAUGUACAAUUCCUCUGCUUUUUUCACAGCAGACCACAGAUGUUUGCCAAGGGAGUGCUCAUUCAUGACAGGCUCCCCAAAAGACAGACUCUGUACAGGCUACUUUGCUGUCAAGGGUUUGGUUUGGCAACCCACAAGCAGCACGAGACGGGAGAGAGGUUCUAGCAGAUUGGCAAUGGGCAAAAAAUAUCUUUGGGACUAUUUUGGACCGGUUCUAUGACUUGUCUUUUUUUCUUCCUUUUUGGUCACAACUUGACAGUAACAACUUUCCAUACAUGCAUAUUGGAUGUCUUGUGUUAACAUCUGAUCUGUCUGAUGUUUUAGGUCGACUCUAUGUAAUCCUCUGUCCUACUUUACUGUUGAGCGGGUUUGCAUACUGUCAAUACUUUUGUUUUGUUAUACAGUCAAAUUUUAUGGAUUUGGUUCUUUUUGUUUGUGCUAACUUACAGAAGACAAACCGAGAGAGGUCACCUGCACUGAGUGGUAGUCAGCAUAGUUUGUGCUUUUCUGGAGGCUUGAUGCAUUCAUAGAAUUGCUUUAUUUUACAGAUUAAGACUCACGGUGCCAUAGAUCAAGUGCAUGAUGAAAAUCAUGGUCAGAUUACGGCAGGCAAGUCAAUUAGACAAAAAGGAACAUGUUUAGGAUACAAACACAGAGGAAGAAAUUGUGGCAUGUCUUGGUUGUAUUACGAUAUGAUGUUGGUUUGACAGACUACGGGUUGGUUUCUUGUAUGUUGGGAAAAUGCUGUUUUUUAAUGGGUCAGUUGAUCAUCGUUGAUCAAAGUCCAACUGAUUUCAAAUCAAACUUGGUCAAAGGCUGAAAAAAUAAUGUUGGGUUUGGACUGAUAGAAAUUUACUAUACUAUAAGGGAUUUUGAGCAUGUGAUGAAAUAGUAUGGUAAUGAACUGAUAACUCCAGAGAGCAUUUUUCCCAGCCUUGCGUGCAACUCGCAAAAGCGGAAAUGAAACUUGGACAAAGUUAGGUUAUGAACAAAAUGUUUGAUUACUGCAUCAUAUGUUUUCAUUAAUUUUAUAAAAUGCUCAGAUAACUAUGAAAACAGACAUUGCCUUGAACUGAAUGGUUCUGCACCCCUGACUUCAAAUCAUGCUUGAGUGGGAUGAAGGAUUUUCAAAGCCAAACCGUUAUUUUCUGUUUGAUUUUUAAAUAUGAGAUAAAAUAGCCCAAUUGUUUUACUGCUGACCAUUAAAGACCAACUUUCAGUAGCACUCGUUAUAAAAAAGAAAUAAAAUGUGCAAAAGCAA